UGAGAGGCAGAGCGCAAAAGCUCUUCGAACUUAAAGAGGGACCCUUUAUAAACGGCUAUAUUUACUUAUCCUAGACGUAUUUCCUGGACUUGCACUAUUGGUCGAGCUACGGUAUUUAGAAAGUCGAGAGGACCUCCUACCAUUCAAACUUGUUCAUGUCUCUGAAGCGCAACUUUGGAGUAACAGUCUGCUAGGCGCACACAUUUGAGUGUGACAAGGUGAUCACAGGCUCUCGCACAAUAAAUACACAACUGUUUAUCGCAUCAAACGAUGGCCUUAUCCGAUGUAAUGCUGCCGUCUUUUUCAACAUUCUCAAAUCAGAGGGAAAAAUGUUGGGAUAAUAGAUGGAAAAGCGAAAUUGACAAACCAAUAUCUCCCAGCUGUUCAAUGCUAGAGAUGGUACAUAACAUUGACAGUCACGGCAGAAAGGACGACGAGGAUCUGAGUAAUUACUUGGAUUUGGAUUUUAUACUCGCCAACACAACUGCAGCGGAUAGCGUGGCGCCGAUUGGAACAGGUGCGGAAUAUAUGGGCUCAGCUGACCCAAGCGCCAUGUACACGACGGGAAACACCAUGACGACCUAUCCAUCAGCGGAACACAGCACACCGCCUCCACCGUACAGUACCAGUCUCAUGACUGAACUACACAGCGACAGUAAUUAUUGCAUUACGCGCGGCACUGGCAUACAUGGAAGAUUUUAUGUGAAUUCCACGGCCUUUCCCAAGCAGGACAUACUUGAUAACAUUAAAAUUGAACCAUCUAUGGACGGUUACGGGCCAGUUUUUGGCAUUGCUCCUCAGAACUGCCCAAAAAUCAAGCAAGAGGGAAAUGUUUCUUGCAUGAUGUCCUUCGAGCAGCCGCGGGUUGCCAUCUCCCCGCGCGCAAUUAGCACCAUGACGCCGCCGCUUAGCCCAGAUGACCAAGGCAACUCCGACAUCCAGACACCGAUGUGUCACUCCAUGAGCUUCCCCCAGAAGUACCACUCCUCGCCGUCGUACCCACACCUUCCUCCACCUCAAGCUGCCCAGAUGCAGCUUUCAUAUCACGGUGCGCAUCAGUUUGGCAUGUACGAAGAGGGCCUGAGCAUGCAGCCAAAUCCGCAGAGGGUAUUGCUGACACCCCCGUCAUCUCCACUUGAGCUUCUGGAGUCCAAGCCCAAGAGAGGACGGCGCACCUGGCCACGGAAGCGGACGGCGACACACACCUGUACCUUUGCUGGCUGCGGAAAAACUUACACCAAAAGCUCACAUCUGAAAGCGCACCACCGAACUCACACUGGUGAAAAGCCAUACCAUUGCAGCUGGGAGGGUUGCGGAUGGAAAUUUGCUCGUUCUGAUGAACUCACUCGCCAUUACCGCAAACACACCGGUCACCGUCCCUUUCAGUGCCAUCUGUGCGAGCGGGCCUUCUCGAGGUCUGACCACCUGGCCCUUCACAUGAAGAGGCACAUGUGAACCUGUAAGGCCUCGAGGGCCGGGGAAAUUAUAGGAUGUAUUUCAUGACUUUUCGAUUCUUUGUUGUUUUUAUUUAAUUUGUUCUUCACGACCAAAGCUUUUUAUAUUGAUAAAAGUUUAGUGAUAUUAUUUCGUAAUAAUGUAGCUGGUACUACCUUGGUUGUAUAUGAAAGCUUUAGAAAAGCUUCAUUAGAUAUUUGUUUUUGGGCAAACAGGCCAAUAAGGGGCUGGCCCUAUACUGCUCUUCUUCAAAACUGGAGUGCUGUUGGACACAAAAGUGCCUUUCUAUUGCGACUGUGUGCUACUGUAAAACUUUCCAUAAAUCUGCCAGGUCAGCCAACAUAGUGGAGACAAAAUAAUUUCUAAGUGAAAUGUACCUGUGUGAGCAAAGACAAUGUUUUGUUAUUUAAACUGCCUCAUUGUUUUGAAUGGCCUGAAUAGCAUAGUCAACUGUGUUCUUAAUUUAAAAUCACUUAGCUGAAAAUUUUCUUGAGUGCAACUGCUGGGUCCAGCCCCCGUGUACACUAUCAGGGCUUGAUGUCCUGUGUAUCUUUAUUUUUUACUGAAAUUUAUAUGGACUUGUAUAUGAAUUUUAUACUGUACAUUGUGUAUUUAUUGUAAAUAUUAAAAAAAAACUAAACAUAAAAUACAUGUGGAU